GAUUCUGAAAAGAAUUACGUCAGAAGACGUCGCUUAAGUAAAAGUGUUUAAAUGCUCUAAGCAUCGCAACAACAUGCAAAAUUUUCAAAACGCUCUAAGAGUAUUUCGUUACCUACCCAAAACAAAGUCAUUCCAGUUAUUCUGGUGUCAGCGUCAAUCAACUUGGUUGCCUUACAGUUUUUCUAUAAGUUCCUUCUCCAGACAAACCUUCAACCAUAAUUCACGCUCUCGGGAGAAUUCACCAAAGAGGAAGUUUGGCGCGUUACCCUUCAUGGCAUUUGGCAUUGUAAUAGCACACUGUGCAAAGCAGGAGGAUGACAAACUUGUCAGUAAACCUUAUGAAGAACAUCCACUGUUUAAAGCUGCUAGAAAAGGAAAUGCUGUUACAGUUGAACGUCUCUGCAGAAAUGGUGCAGAUCCCAACCAAAGGCAUCCCUUAGGAUGGACUCCACUACAUAUUGCAGCAGUUCAGGGAAAUGUUGAUGUUGUAAAAACUUUAUUAAAGUGUGGAGCCAACUCAGAUUUAGGGGACGAUUUUAGCAAUGCCAAUUUGAAAGCACGAGAAAAGGGGCUUAUUUGGUUGGAUGUCAUGGAAAUGAGAGAAGAAGAAUUUUCAGACCGUCUUAAUAAUCGGGCUACAUUCACUGGAUGCACUGCAUUGCAUUAUGCCUGCAUUAUCGACGAUGCCGCCUGUGUGGCUGCUUUACUCGAAGGGGGUUGCAAUCCAUCGCUUCCGAAUCUUAGCGGACACAAGCCAAUCGAUUACGCCAACAGUGAUGCUAUGAAAAAGCUUUUAGAGAGUUAUAUUGCAAAGUAUGAAGACUUAAUGAAGGAAAAAGCGGCAGAAGAGAGGCGCAGAUAUCCGCUAGAAUUGCGUUUAAAGGAAAAAAUUAUUGGACAAGAGGCGGCCAUCGCCACGGUUGCAUCAGCUAUCCGCAGAAAAGAAGGUGGCUGGAUUGAUGAGGAGCAUCCCUUGGUUUUUCUUUUUCUUGGUUCUUCUGGAAUUGGAAAAACAGAGUUAGCUAAACAAGUAGCUACGUAUUUGAAUCCUAAAAAUACUGACGGAUUCAUUCGCUUAGAUAUGUCGGAGUACCAAAACAAACAUGAGGUUGCAAAGUUGAUCGGUUCUCCACCAGGAUAUGUCGGUUAUGAAGAAGGCGGGCAGUUGACAAAAAAACUCAAAAAGUGCCCCGAUGCCGUUGUACUACUGGAUGAAGUAGAUAAAGCGCACCCUGAUGUAUUAACGGUUCUACUGCAGCUGUUCGAUGAAGGAAGAAUAACAGAUGGACGAGGCAAAACAACGAUCUGCAAAGAUGCGAUUUUUAUCAUGACUUCAAAUUUGGCUAAUGAUGAAAUUGCCGAUCAUGCCUUACGACUACGCCAUGAAGCUGAAAUGGCAUCGAAACGACGCGCAAACAACAAUAAAGAAGUAGACGAAAUUCCUUCCACGACACUUUCCAUAUCUCGAGAAUUUAGUGAUUUCGUUGUUCGUCCGAUACUCAAGCGCCACUUCGGUCGGGAUGAAUUUUUGGGGAGAAUCAACGAAUUUGUCUUCUUUUUCCCUUUUUCCAGAACUGAACUUCAUCAGCUAGUCCAAAGGGAAUUAGAUUUUUGGGCCAAAAAGGCGAAAGAUCGGUAUGAGGUGGAUGUGUCAUGGGACGGACAGGUGCUGGAUGCACUUUGUCUUGGGUACAACGUAGCGUAUGGAGCCCGGAGUAUCAAGUAUGAAGUAGAACGGAAUGUAGUGAGCCUACUCUCCAACUCUCAGCAAUUUUACGGUUUUCCACGCGGUGCUUUACUUCAGCUCUAUGUUUCCUAUGGCGACGGAUCUUCAAGUGAAACAGCGCGCCAACCAGAAAUUCGGUUGCGUAUUAAAACAAAAGAUAGUGUUGAAUUUACCGAAUUGGCUUCUCCCGUACGGGAUUUGUUGUCUAAAGCAGAUAAUGGGAAAGGGAGCUUGCAAAAAAAUGUAGAUUCAUAAUGCAAUAGAAAUUCCUCUUUUAUUGAAA